AUCAAAUCGAUUCCACUUCCGUUUAUUUGCCUCGCCCAAGGAAGAAAAAGACAUAAAUUUUUGCAAAAAUGAGCGAAUUACAGGAAUUUAAUCAAGCCGCCGAGGAUGUAAAGAAUCUAAACACAACACCGGCAGAUAAUGAUUUGUUGGAACUUUACAGUCUCUACAAACAGGCGACCGUGGGCGAUUGCAAUACAGAUAAACCUGGCUUCCUGGACUUUAAGGGCAAGGCCAAAUGGGAGGCCUGGAACAACCGCAAAGGCUUGUCAAAUGAUGAGGCGAAAGCCGCCUACAUAGCCAAAGUAAAGGCAUUGAUUGCAGCUGUAGGAUUGAAAUCCUAAAUCGACAUGGUCGUUUGCAUGGAGUCUCACUUGAACGCACAAUUAUUCAGAUAUAUAUGUAUGAACCUAUUCAAUGAAGGUGCUCUUCUUAGCAAUUUUCUUUAAUAUACUUUACAAAACACACAAAAA